AUGCUUCUCCGAUCUCAAUACCCAGACAUUGAGUGCCCGACAGACUUGACCGUAUGGGAGUGGGCCUUUGAAGACAAGAGAUACUCCCCCUUAUUCAAGAACCCGCCUGGCGAAAUCGCAGGAUUCACAGACGCCGUAACGGGCGAGCGUCUAGACUUUGGACAGGUGAAAGAGCAUGCAACGUACACAUCGUCAGCUCUGGUCCACGAGCUGGGCAUGAAGGUGGGAGAUACUGUCUCACUCUUCGGACAUAACCGAAUAUGGUAUCCGGUAACUAUGUUUGCUGUGUUAAGAGUUGGUGGCAGGAUUAACGGUGCAUCCCCAUCUUACACUAUUGGCGAAAUGGUGAAUGCUCUCAAAACAGCUGGGACCAAGUAUAUAAUGACCGUGACGAGCUCCAUCAAGAUGGCGAGCGCAGCUGCUAAGGAAGUUGGUAUCCCUUCUGAGAGAAUACUGUUAAUGGAUGGGGACCUCGAGGGUUACACGUCGAUUCAACAGCUCUCAGUAAUUGGAAGGAAUUACGGUCUUGAUAGACAAGUCCCAUACUACUCGAUCCCGGCCGGUCAGACAAAUGACGUCUGUGGCUAUCUGAAUUUCAGCAGUGGGACAACUGGGCUUCCAAAAGCUGUCAUGCUUUCUCACAAGAACAUCAUCGCCCAAUGCCUUCAGCUCGCAGAUGUUGCAGGCCCCAAGAAGAAGCGUUUCCUCGCUUGCUUACCACUAUUUCACAGUGCGAUGCCAUUUAUGCCAACGUAUCCCGAUACAGCUAACAGUGGGGUAGUCAGCGGUCUUGUGAGAUUCCUCCACUGGCCAAUUGCUAGUAACGACGAGUGCGUAAUGCUGCCGCAAUUCACCAUGGAGAACGUACUCGAGGCCAUCGUGAAAUAUCGGAUAACUGAUUUAACUCUGGUACCUGCCAUUGUAAUCAGGCUCAUCAACGAUCCCAUCGUCGACAAAUACGACCUGACAAGUGUAAAGGUAAUUGCCUGCGGCGCCGCUCCCGUGGGGACUGAGGUUAUUCAACGACUUCACGACAAGAUGCCAUGGACUGGAUUUAGACAGAGCUAUGGGAUGACGGAAUCGUGCUGCUGCUUAAGCACUCAUCCACCCGAGUUUUACGACUACAAAUAUGGCAACAAUGCUGGAAAGUUGUUGGCUUCUACUGUCGUGAAAAUCGUUGAUGUGGACACGGGUAAAGAGCUUGGACCAAAUGAGACGGGAGAGAUCCUCGCCAAGGGCCCGCAAAUCGCCAUGGGCUAUCUGAAUAACGCCAAGGAAACGGCCGAGACAUUCGGUGCCGAUGGAUUUCUGCGUACAGGGGAUAUUGGAAAGAUUGACAGCCAAGGGUUUAUUCACAUCAUCGACCGAAUAAAGGAGAUGAUCAAAGUCAAAGGCCAACAAGUCGCUCCAGCUGAUUUGGAGCAAGUCCUUCUAGGCCAUCCAUACGUGGCAGACUGUGCCAUCUUUGGGAUACCUGACGCUUACAGCAGCGAGAUGCCAAAGGCCUUCAUCGUUUUAAAGAGCCAUGUCGCGCCGAAUGCUGCGGUCGGGCAUGAACUUAUGCAGUAUGUUAAGGAGAGACGUGUGCGGUAUAAAUGGGUUAAGGAGGUUGAGUUUGUGUCUGAGAUCCCGAAAGGUCCGAGUGCUCUCUUGGAUCAACUUUUGACAAACACGACGAUGUCAUAUAUCGGAGAGGCGGCUUAUAUUACGGGCGGUGCCAGCGGAAUCGCCAAAUUUCUCGCUGCAACGCUCGUUACCGAUCGUAAUCUUGAAGGCGCCGAGGAAGCCUGCGAAGAGUUCAAUAAAGGAGCUCAAGUAGCGUGGGCUGUUCAGGCCGAUGUUGGUGACUGGGAGUCUCAGAAGCAAGCCUUUGAGGUCGCUGUGGAGAAGCUUGGCAGGGUGGAUUAUGUUUUCCCCAUUGCAGGGAUAACAGAACGACCCUGGAACGCGAAGCAACCGAGUGGGUCUGGGUUUGUUAAGCCAAAUCUGUUUGUCUUGGACGUAAAUGCUACUGGGGCUCUGUAUACUUGCUCUCUUGCAAUUCAACAGUUCAGAACCCAGGAGCCUGGAAAGUACGGCUUCCGUGGAAAGAUUGUUGUUGUAUCCUCAGCUUGCGGUUUCUACUGCAUUCCCAGCUUACCUAUCUACACUGCGGCGAAACAUGCGAUGGUGGGAUUUGUACGGACACAUGGAAAGCUCCUACCAGAAGAAGCUAUCACGCUUAACGCAAUUUGUCCUACGAUUGUCAAAACUGGCAUUUCAACUGGCGACUUUUAUGACAAAGCCGACGCGAAGGGCCUCCUGAUUACAGUUGAAAGUUUGGUGAAGGCCUUUGAGAAUUUGCUGGGAGACUGUGAAACAUCUGGUGAAGCUAUUGAGAUUUUACCAGGUGAUGACGGGUCUAUGAUAAAGGAGCGGCCGGAGUACAGUAACGAGAAGUGCAAAGUAGAGGUUGGUUCCAUCCUAUGA